AUGGAAGCAGACAAUAUAGAAAAUGAAAAUCUGGAAGCAGACAAUAUAGAAUCUGAAAAUCUGGAAAUUGAGACUAUUUCUUCAAUUACUGCUUUUCAAGCUCUUUCUAAACUCCUUAAUCCUGAAGAAGAGGAUGAUUUUGACUUUGGACAGCCAAAUUGUUCAUCUUUUGCUGGAGCCAUGGGUCCUGGGAAUAUUGGACCACCAAAAAAGGAAGAGAAAGAGCUCGAAGUCAUCCCUGAAACCAGUGAGGAAAAUAGAGAGGACAUCUGGAAUCCAGAAGAGGUUCCAGAAGGAUCAGAGCACGAGGAUUCCUGGGAUGCUAGAGAAAUCCCAGAAUACGAGAUUGUAUUCAAACAGCAUGUGGGAACUGAGGAUGUAUUCUUGGGAUUGACAAGAAAGGAUUCUUCAACAGCAUGUUGUAAGGAUCUCGUGGUUAAAAUUAAACUACCAAAUACAAACCCUUCUGAAAUUAAAAUUGAUAUCCAGGAAACAGUCUUUGACCUUCGCACUCCUAAUAAGAAGCUGUUGGUGACCCUUCCCCAUCCUGUGGAAUGCCGCAGCGCCAAAGCAUUUUAUAUCCUGGAGACUGAGACACUCGAAGUCACCGUAGCCAUGAAAAGGGAGUUGGAUUUCAUUAAUUUUUUCUGA